AUGACAUUUCCUCCACAGACCGAUCCCCGUCUCGGACUUCCUCGUGGAGAGACGAGCCAUCGUCUGGACAAGAGCUGCUGUUGUUCCAUAAUCUGCUCCCGAGGCCCUGAUCAAGUCUGGGGCCUGGAGGGCAGCCACGGGGCCAGGAACCCGGGCCCCAGAGAGAGUACACAGGGUCGGUACCACACGGGGCCGGUACCACACAGGGCCAGUACCACACAGGGCCAGUACCACACAGGGCCAGUACCACACAGGGCCAGUACCACACAGGGCCAGUACCACACAGGGCCAGUACCACACAGGGCCAGUCCCACACAGGGCCAGUACCACACAGAUCUGGGUCCCUCCGCUUCAGUCUGGGUCCCUCCGCUUCAGUCUGGGUCUGUCUGGGUCCCUCCGCUUCAGUCUGGGUCCCUCCGCUUCAGUCUGGGUCUGUCUGGGUCCCUCCGCUUCAGUCUGGGUCUGUCUGGGUCCCUCCGCUUCAGUCUGGGUCUGUCUGGGUCCCUCCGCUUCAGUCUGGGUCUGUCUGGGUCCCUCCGCUUCAGUCUGGGUCAGUCUGGGUCUCUCCGCUUCAGUCUGGGUCCCUCCGCUUCAGUCUGGGUCCCUCCGCUUCAGUCUGGGUCAGUCUGGGUCUCUCCGCUUCAGUCUGGGUCCCUCCGCUUCAGUCUGGGUCAGUCUGGGUCUCUCCGCUUCAGUCUGGGUCCCUCCGCUUCAGUCUGGGUCUCUCCGCUUCAGUCUGGGUCUCUCCGCUUCAGUCUGGGUCUCUCCGCUUCAGUCUGGGUCUCUCCGCUUCAGUCUGGGCGCUUCAGUCUGGGCGCUUCAGUCUGGGCGCUUCAGUCUGGGUCUCUCCGCUUCAGUCUGGGUCUCUCCGCUUCAGUCUGGGUCUCUCCGCUUCAGUCUGGGUCUCUCCGCUUCAGUCUGGGUCUCUCCGCUUCAGUCUGGGUCUCUCCGCUUCAGUCUGGGUCUCUCCGCUUCAGUCUGGGUCUCUCCGCUUCAGUCUGGGUCUCUCCGCUUCAGUCUGGGUCUCUCCGCUUCAGUCUGGCGGUCCCAGAGCAGCGCGUGUUGUUCCUGGCCCACCUCGGCUCCCCCCCAGGGCCAGAGGACGGGGCCACUGCGGGGGCCACUCACUCUCUGCUCAUCAAAUAUGAAGCAGGUCUGAUCCACGCUUCAGCUCAUUUCGCUGUGAUUCUGCAGCAGCGACAACUCGAGCUGAAGACCCGGACGGCGACAGUCACUGUAGUCUGGCACCAGUCCAGAGUCUCCAUAGUCUCAGGGUCCAGUUAA